AUAAGAAAAAGAAAAUUAGGAAGUCGAAAGGGUUAUUUUCGACAGUGGGCAAAAAAGAUGGGCAAGUAUUAUUGGCGAGGGACGUCAUACCUGCAAAUAGAUUUUCAGGGCAAAGUUUCGAAAACUAAACUUUACAGUUUUAAAGGAUUUUUAUAUUUACUUUUGAAGGUUUUUUUGGCUGAACGUUUGGGUGAAGGAUCUUUUGCGGUUGUGAAAAGAGCGCUAUGGAAGAGGGCCGAUGGUGUGAAAUUGGACGUUGCCGUGAAAAUUUUAAGAGACCCAACUAAAGAAAUUAUGGAGGAUUUGCAACAAGAGGUUAACAACAUGCAGAGAUUACAGCAUCCAAAUUUGAUCCGGUUAUAUGGUAUUGUAUUCUCCAAUCCCUCAAUGAUGGUUGUGGAGUUUUGUGAUGGCGGGGCUGUGAUUGAUCGCUUACGAUCAGCUAAGAAACCUGUUCUUCUUAUAUCAACGCUUUUGGACUAUUCCCUACAAAUCGCUAAAGGGAUGGCCUACCUUGAAUCUAAACACUGCGUUCACAGAGAUUUGGCCGCGAGAAAUGUUUUAUUAACAGAUGACGACAGGAUAGUCAAGAUCUGUGAUUUUGGCCUUAUGCGUGUUCUGAACGAGAAUGAACGGCUUUAUACCAUGUCAGCACAGAAGAAAAUCCCUUUUGCCUGGUGUCCUCCAGAAUCAUUGAGGUACAGACAGUUUUCUCGCGCAUCUGAUGUUUGGGCUUUUGGUGUUACGUUAUGGGAGCUUUUUUCUUAUGGUGAGGAACCUUGGGCAGGCUGUCGUGGUGCUGAGGUCCUUGCGAAGCUUGAAGCAGGAGAACGCUUGGAGCGUCCACAAAGGUGUUCCGCUGAACUUUUUGAUCUUAUAUCAACGUGUUGGUCCAGCAAUGCUGACGUACGACCCAAAUUUAGUCUUCUGAAAGGGAUAAUAGCCGAUGAUUGCGUUCCUAACGGUGAUACUGAUCUCGAACUGAAGAACAAUGACCGAGUUAUUGUGAUUGAAGGAAGUGGCGUGGUUUGGUAUGGCCAAAAUAUCAGGACUCGUAAUUUCGGACGUUUCCGAAGGUCUGCUAUUCACUUAAGAGGAGAAAGGAACAGUGUUUCACCUGCCGUUAUGAAUAAUACUUCAGAACUACAAGCAGCUAAGAAUCCGAGUUUUGGCGGUAGUGAAAAGAUAUCUAAACCAGUCCCAGGUUUCUUCUUUUCUAUAGAUUUAUCGUUAUCUUUAUCUCCUCUUCAGCAUAUUUUAGGUUCUUUUAUACAUGCUGGACAUGGUGAUAUUAAUCCGGCACGCACAUGGGGACAGCCGGAGAAAAUUGACGAUAUUUAUUUGAAAAAUCCAAUAUUGAGGAGAGAGGGAGAGAUAAAAAGGUAUUUUUUACUUACUGCUCAGACGACAUUUUCACCAGUUGUUCCUGGAAGUGGUGCCAUGGCAGGAACAGCCCUACCUAAUGUUUUACAUCCUUCUGCAACAUCUUUAUUAUCGGAAGCCGGAGGCCACUCGAUAUCUAACUCGCUGGAACCUGCUGCUCAAACAACUGUUAGUUCACUCUUUUACUUCGAGAUUUCUGAUCGCUUGGAGUUGCGUGAAAGAUGUGCAUGUAUGCUUCGGAAGUGCAAUAAUAAUAGUGAAAAAGCUAUUCGUGAGUUAAAAGUAGAGGAGCUUUUGGCCAUGAACUUAACAAAAACUAAGCCUGCUGCAAUUGCGGCUUUGGAAAAGUGUAAAUGGGACUUGAAUGCAGCUGCUGAAUCUUUGAUAACCGUAUAG